AUGGACCAACACAAGACCGAUGACAAUCUCCGUUACGUAGGUGGCCUCACACGUGUUCUCGCCGCCGAUGCCUCCAUUUCCUUUGCAGAUGCCGACGACGAUGAUUUUUCCAUAGCCAAAGGGGCUGCCGCUUCCUCUUCCUCUCUGCGGCCGCCAUUGAAGAAGCUCUUCUUUGAAGAGCGGAAUACGCCGAACUCGGCAAAGUCGUUUUGCAACUCAGAAGGUGGACUCAGGUCCUGA